AUGCCUCAAAGGAAUUAUAGAAAGCGCCGUGAAACAGAGGAAGAGGGCGAUGAACAGCACGAGCCAGCCUCAGUGACCGACGCGAUCGAGGAAAGAAAAGAACUGCAGGGAUUUCGGAAGAAACGAGGCGGUGUAUCGGCGGCUGCGCUGGCUUUAGGAAAAAAACUUGCCCCAGAAGAAGAGGUAGAGAGUGAUCCUUUUAAACUGAAGACAGGAGGACUUGUGGAGUUGAACAGCUUGAUUCAGGAUAGAAAUAGGGACAGAGAAGGGGAAGACAAAGAAAAGUCUAUCAACUUAGGAGCCAAUUUUGCGGCCGAGACGAACAGAAGAGAUGAAGAUACGCACAUGUUAAAGUACAUUGAAGAAGAAAUGGCCAAACGAAAAGGCGUUCAACUCGAGAAGACUGUUCAGAGCAAGUAGGUAUUUAUAAAACGCUGGUAUUUGAUAGAGCACAUUGCUUGUACAUUUUGUUUGAACGUUGUCACUAAGCAGCCAUUCGAAAGAGUAUAAAACGAAUGGCGCGUUUUAAACUCUUUUAGAGAUUUAAUGGUGGUUUCAGUAUCAAAGGUAUUAAUAGGGAGCUUAUGCAACCACAAUGGUGUCAGCAAUAGACAGUAUAUGUAUUCCCCGAUGGCCAUGGGACAAGAGACUUCUCAGCAUGAUUACUCGUCGCAAGACCGUCGAGGAAUACGAAUAUUGUCUAUUAAAGAUGUCAAUCAAAAAAAUGGAUUCACACUAUUUCAGACUUCAUUGCUAUUAUUCCAUCUUGUCCAGUUUGUCAAUUGUACCGGGCAUACAGUAGUUAAUACGUAAACUGAUAAUCAAUAGCAAUUGUUAGUUAAAGAUAUCAUUCUUCAGUGGAUUGAGUGGACAUGCAAAAAUCUAUGAAAACUAAAGAAAAAAAGGGAAUGCUAUGAAGACUGAGCCUGGAAUAGUUGCUGAAGUCAAAACUGAAAUGUGUUAAGCUAAAGCUAGUCUCAUUGGUUGUACUUGCCAGAUAGCAUUGUCAUGUUCAGUUUAACUGAACCAUAUACUCGUCAAGAUUAUUCCUUGUUAUCAAUAGUACUACUCCCUAAAACAUCAAAGAGGAAAUUUCAUUCAGUAAUAGUGUAGUGACAGCAAAGGCUUGUACGAAAAACUGUAAUGUGUGUGCAGAGUUGCUGUUUUGUUUAUUGAAUGUACAUGUACUACUGUUUUAAAGUUCUCAUUUCUGUUGCUAUUGCAGUUGCAUAAGCUCCUUAACCCUUUAAGCCCUGGUAUCCACGUAGAAAUUCUCCAAACUGAUCUCCUUACAUUUCUUUAAAGAAUUAGUUGUGAGAAUUUGAUAAUAGAUCAAGGCAUUUUCUCUUGGGUGAUCAUUUUUUUUAUUCUCAUAACUUAUCUCUCGACAGUGUAUGGAUAUUGUCAGGAGAAAAUUGAUCUUGGUCACUGUUGAGACUUAAUGGGUUAAUGGGAAAAAUUGCCAGACUGAGACUGUGUGGCAUAUUCUCAACAGUGCUAUGAAUACUAUGAGUGACUUUUACUAUGUUAAAUUAUUGUAAAAACAAAUGGCAAUAAACAGGUGGGAAUUAAGAAGUGAUGGUUUUGAAGUGAAGUUUCGAAUUGAUAGGUACAAGUUGCAACUAUUAUUUUUAUGUAGUUUUCUCAUCUUAUGUUGUUUUUUUUUAACGUGUAGUUUUAUUUUCAUUUGAGAAGAUUAAUGAUGACUGAAAUUCUUUACAGACCUAAAUCGAAAGAAGACUUGUUGUAUCAAGUUCCAGAAAACAUCAAUGUAAGGUCAAAGAUAAUGGCUUCAGAAGAGAUGCUGUCCAAUCAGAUGCUAUCUGGAAUCCCUGAAGUGGAUCUUGGCAUUGAAGCCAAAAUACUAAACAUUGAGGCCACUGAAGAAGCCAAGCAGAGAGUGUUAGAGGAACAGCGGAAUAAGAAAUCAAGAGGUCCUACUGAAAUGGUGCCUACUAACAUGGCUGUGAAUUUCAUGUUACACAGUAGAUGUAAGUUUCCUUUUGUAUAAUGGAAUCUCCCUGUAUAUUUUAAUGUAUAAGGGUGAAAUAUUGGUGGGUGUUUAUUUAUGUGAUUGGAAGAUUUAGUAGUAAAGACAAUGCAAUGUCAAAAGUGAAAGCACCGUAAAAGGUCUGAACCUGAUUUCUAUUGCUUGACUUGGUGUUCCACCAUUGGUCAGUUUUAAGAUUUGCUUGCACCAUCCUUGUCUUUGUAAGAAAGGUCUAUUUCUGGAUUAAUUAUCAGAUGUCAUAGCUCUUACAAGGCCUUGCAAUAUUGCUUGAGAAAUUAAUAAACUAACAAAGAUUACAAUUAAUGGAAACUACACUGUAGCCCUAAGACAGAAGAGCUUUGACACGAAGAGGUCCAAUUAAAUGAGAUUGUAAACUAAUAGAGAGUUGUGACACUACCGUAGAGUUCCGAUAGUAGCGACCCUCGUUACUUUUGGAAUUAGCAGCCUUUGGGGGUCGCUUCUUUCGGGAUUUACUAACGGCCACAAAAAAUUGACGUUAAUUUCGGGGGGUCGCUACUUUUGGGAGGUCGUUACUAUCGGAACUUUAUGGUACUACAAUAACUAUUAAAUUAAAUAUACAUUGUAUCAACCCUUACUAACAGAAUAAACCAUAACUGGUUUUCAGUUUUUGAUGAGCAAAAAGUCAUUGAUGCUGAAAGUAAAAGAGCUGCAGCAGCAAAAGACAAGGCACAGGAACAAGAGAAAGCAAUCAACAAAGCAACGGUGAAGGCAAAUGAUUCUGCUACAGUGCCAAGUAGAUCAGAACCUAUACCAAGCAAGAAAAGAACUGGUGAUAAGGCUGAAAAGGCAACUGAUGACUUCUUCUAUGAGAAAUUUAGGAAGCGUGCUCGAGAUUCAUGGAGAUAUCAGUAA